UGGGAAGGCCUUUAAAUUUAAAAUCUUUAAAUUAUUGUUAUCUAAGAUAAUUGAAUAUCUACAUUUUAUUUAUUUAAAUUAUUUUUUUAUUUGACAUUUUUCACUAAAAGACAGCAAAAUGAAUUUUUACGAAGAAUUUGCAAUGAAUGAGUUCAACAAAAACCGCAAGAUUAUACUUAGAAACGUGCCACCCAUUACAUACGAUCAAGUUAAACAUUUUAUGGGGAGAUUUACUGUGGCCAAUAUCUCCAUAAGCAAACGCCUAAGGCAUUCAAUAAUAGACCUGAAGUAUGGACACGAAGCUGAGCAGGCUGUUUCAGAGUUGUGCUGCAAGAAACUGCUCGGAUGCGCAAUCGAUGUUUCAUUGUACAGAAAUGAUAAUUUAUUGUGCAUUGCUGAUUUGCCAGCUGACAUGAACCAGGAAAAGUUCAGACUUCUUGUGGAGCCACAUGGAUCCAUUGAAAAGUGCUUCCUUAAAUAUAAUAAAGAUGGUGAGUUUCUUGGUUAUGGUUUCGUUGAAUACAUGCACAACAGAGAAAAAUCAGAGCAGGCACGUCAACUCUUAGAUCACAUUAAACUAUCCAAUCACACGACUCGAUGCACAUUUGUGAAAGAUCAUGUGACCACUUACAACCAAUUGAAAUCAAGCUGUCUGUUCUUUUCAGGACUGCCAGUUACAUAUACAACUGAGAAAUUGAAUCUGUUGGUCCAGUCAGUUGAGAGUAACUGUCAAUUAGUUAACUGCCAGGUUGGAAUGUCUUCAUUGGACCCCCAUGAAAAGUUUGGGGCAGUGGAGUUCAAAAGUGAAGCUGAGGCCUGGUGCACCAUGAAAAAGCUCAACUGCAUCAACACUAAUAACAUCACCACCAACAACAACAACUGCAACAACCCAAAAAUAUUUGUAUCAUUCUGUGCACCUGGAGAUAAAGUUGAUGACGUGAUGAAGAUUUUACAAGAAUUCAUGACUGUCUUUGACUAUAUAAAGAACAUUCUGGCAGUUGACGGAGGGCAGAGCAAAGUUAUGAACAACAAAAGCAGAAACAAACGUUUCAGUCUCGAUCACCCGUACAACACUCGCAACAAUCCUAACAACAACAACAAUAAUAAAUACAAACAAUUUAAUAACAAUAACAAAACUAAUAAUAGCAAUAAUAAUAACAGUAAUAAUAAUAAUAUAGACAGUCUGCAUUUCCAAUUGGCGCUUCUCUCUAUCAUGCUAUCAGUUCAGCAGUUAAACGUACCAACUGCAGACUUACAAACUUGCCACAACGCAAGCCAACCAAUGGCAAUCAAUGUACCAUCUUGCCACGUGCCAGUGCCUAAUAAUGCAGCUUGUUAUGAUGGAUGCGAAUCGGAUUUGUCAAUAGUCAUUCAAAUGUUGAACCAGCGCUCAGCACAACAACAGCAGCAACCACACACUUCAAUAUUUCCAUGUCUUCCUCACAUCCAGUCAGCGCAUGCUCAACAGCAGACCACCACUCAAUCUGUUAAAUCAAAUUUUGUUUUCACUCAAGCAGCUGUACCCACUUCCACUCAAAAUUCAUUCCCACACUCUGUCUUCCAACCGAAAUUCAGCAAAAAUUCUUUAUCAGAAAUUAUCCAGCAUGUGCCAGCUGGGAAGUUGAACCCAGAUUGUUGCAGUCAAGCAGACAUCUCAAAUAGUGAUUCAUCCAGGUGCUCGGGUGAUCAACUUAAUGAUCAUUUCUUGGCAGAACCUGCUAGCACAACACAACAGAGCCAGAGGACAAGUGAAGCACAUGCAGUUGGCUCGUGCAAAAAAUCUUUCCCCCAUGGAGUGCAGAGAGCUAUUGUAAAGACCACUGGACUCUUCACCAAUAAUUCAGAUAAAAAGAAAAACAAGUCCUACAGGCCAAAGGUUUCUGAGCAGAUAGUUGAGACGUUGGGAGCUAUUGGAGCUAUCCAGGGUAGAAAAGAUACUAACUCUGAUAAAAAGGAGAACAUUAACAUUGAUGACAACACCAUCAACAAAAACAAGACGAGCUGCAGGAGUGUCUGCAAAAAUGCCGAACUAAGCAAGAACGGCAUUAGUAGCAGCGACAAAACAAGCAACAGCAGCAGUUGUGAUGCAAGCACCGACAGCAGCAGCAACAACGAAAAAGCGAGCACCGACAGCUGCACUGACGGCAACGACAUAGCAAGCAACAACGGCUGCGACAUCAACGACAAAAUAAGCAACAGCACCAUUAUCACGAGCGAUGACGACAAUCUGUACACUGCAUUUGACAGCAACAAGCUGAAGUUUGAAGCAUCUCCAAUAACAAAGAACACGAAGGACAGUUUCAUAUGGAGAUCCACGCUAACGCCCAAUAACAAGAGGACCUUCGAUAAAGUUGAGGGCGAUGGUGAGGAGGAAGAUGAGGAUAUCGUCGACGUUGUUUUUAAGAAAGUCAUCAGUGAGGACAGCACCAGCAGUAGCGCCAGCAGCAGCAGCGCCAGCAGCAGUAUCAUAUGCAACGAAGAUUCUGGUGAUAAACCACAAUUGGUGGGUGCAUUCUCUAAAAUCAUCUGCCGACCGAGAUCGAGACAUCGUUUUGUGUAUUCAUCGCCGAGAGCGAUCAACUUGAAUUCCAAGCAUCAUCAAAGCUCUGACGAUUUCAAAAUUAAUUUUGGAGACAUUACCCGCAUGACAUCACCUUCCAGUGCAGAAACUUUGAAGUUCCUGCAGUCGCCAGAACCCUCGCCUGACGGGUCGUACGUGGGCCAGCAUUCGCAGGGUCUGGGCGGCCACUACGAGGAAUCCAUAAUCAAGAAGAAAAAAAUGAAGUUCAGACAGAUUUUUCCUGAUUUAUAUUAAAAGUUAAUCAUUUGAGUGAUUGACUGACUGAGUGAUUGAUUGAUUGUUUGCUUGAUUGAUAGUUUAAUUGGUUGUUUGAUUGGUUGCUUGAAUGAUGUUCAACUGAAGAGUAUGAAAAAUUGUGAACGGUUUGACUGUUUUUCUUUUUGUAUCUACUUUUGUAUGAAUAGUUUUUUGGAGCGGUGAUGCGGUGUGCUGCCCUUAAACGUUGACUGAUGUGUAAAUAUACAACAUUCGUUGAACAUUCGUGUUAUUACAUCUUGUUGAACUAUAAUAAUUUUACAAUUAUAAAUUUUAAAUAAUUUUAAAUAAUUGAGAAAUUUUAUUGCUGAGAUUUUAUAACGAGCGGAUGGGUUAUUUUUAUACGUUACAUAUUUAUGAACUAACUACAUUUGUUUUUGCAUUUUAUUUACGAGAAAUUUUGCCAUUUGAUAAAACAUUUGAUAAUUAAUUCUUUUAUAUCAUUUGUUGUUAAUGACAUUGACGAGAUGGGUGGCAAGCUGUAUGUACUAUAUUCACUUAUUAAUUGACUCGUGAUUUAAUAUCUAUUCAUUUUAUCCAUAACAAAACAUUUAACCAACCUUUCUCUCUCUCUCUCUCUCUCUCUCUCUCUCUCUCUCUCUCUCUCUCUCUCUUCUUUGUUCUUCUCUCACCUUUCUUCUUAUUUUUUUUAAAGUUUUCAUUCAUUAAAGUCAAAUUCGAUCUCCCUGUUACCUAACACACAUGUAU